AUGGCUAUGUCCGCCACCAGCUCGCCCGUGCCGCGAGAGGUCGCCUCAGUCUCUCAGGCUGCUCUCGGUCGGCCUGAAGAGGCAAAUAUGGCGACUCCGGGACAUGUUGAGCCAGAGAGGGCGACAGGCCAAGGACCCCGGACCGUGCCCAGCUCGCCGCUCAACAGUGCGGGUGGCGGCCUCACCUCUAUCCCUCGCUCCUUUACUCUGAUUGACGACGACAUCGACUUUUCAGCGGGUGCCCCGGAAGCGCCUCGCUGCAUGUUUGUGGCCAACUGCGACACCGGCUCGCAGCUGCGCAAGGCCAUCUCGCACCUGUUCGGCCGCAACAAGUCGUGCACGCUAAAAAUCCCCAAGGACGUCUGGGUGUACUACUGCCGCAAGCACUACCAGAGAAUCCGCUAUCGAAACGCACGCACGUACCCGAGCAACCAGAUGGAGCUCGUCAAGGUGCAGAUCGUGCGGCUCCAACGCUGGAGCGAAGCCAACAAGGCCAAAGGCAGCGGCCCAUGCAUCAAGCAGUGGACCUUGUCUCUCCGGAAGCGCGAGCAGAAUCGCCUGGACAGCGGCAAGGGAGCCGGCGAUGAAGGCGACGAAGACACCAUGACGAGUCAGGGAGGCAGUGCCGUCCCGGAAUGGAUCAUCCAGCUGCUUGGCGACGGCUACACCACGGAGAAGAUGCUUGACAUUGCCGAGCGCCUACACCAAGAGAUCGAGAGGGGCAGCCUGAGCACCGUACCGGAGAUUGAGUUCCUGCCCGACAUCGUCGACGGCGAGAAUGGCACGUCGUCUAAGCCUGUCAGAGCUCGACGCCAGGAGAGCGGCUCGAAGACGCCCAAGAGAAAGGCCCUCGACUUGCCCGGCCCGUUCCGACAGGACCCAACCAGUGGCGACGUCUUCUCGGAUGAGCACGAGGAGGGUGAAGAGGUUGGCGACCUGCUUAUCCAUUCUGGCAAGCGUGCGCGCAUCGGUAAGACCAGCAGCCGCUUGCCCUACUACGGGACUCAGGACUCGUCGGACCCUCAUCACUCCCAGUCCGCUCACGGCUACAUGAUGCCCGCCUACGGAGACGGGUACGGAAGGGCCAUGUUUCCGCCUCGCGCCCCGCAUGUCGUCCCUAAGAUGAGCCCCAUGGGGUAUGGCCAGGCCCGGACCCAUGGAGACUUCCACCAAUUCAUGCAGUCGCCCUUCGAACACCACGGCCACGCAAUGGGCGACGUCUUCCACCGCGGCACCGCCGCCGCCUACGGUUCAGAGGGUGUUAGAUACGCCCCCAACCAUGUCGGCGGAGGCCCCCAGACGGCGCUUCCAUCGAUCAGCUCUCGUGUCCCGAGCUCUGCCGGGCUGCAGCAAUCUGCUCUGGUCGGACGAGCUCAUGGGGCCGGACUCAACAGCCACGUGUCUGCCCGACCAUCUCAUCACCGUUCGUCGAGUGCGUACAGCCUCGCUAGUCGAAACACGCCAACACCCACCCGCCCCUCCAGUUCCGGAACUGGUGAUCAGGCAAGCUUCAUCCGCAGGGAGAUGCCUGAAGCGAUGUACAGCAUCAGCUCUCGCAGCCCACAGAGCCUUGCUGCCGGCGACCGCUGGGCAGCCUCGGGCUACAACGCCGGUCGCCCCUGGCCCCACGAGUACGGCCAGGCAUUUGCGCCCCGACAGCAGAUGCUGCAGCGUUCGCCCGGCCACAGCCAGGCCACUCACAUGCAGACUGCCAGCCCGCGCGCGGCCGCCGCAUACGGCUCGGUCAACUCGUCGGCUGCGGCUGGCGACAACCGCACAACCCCCGAUGUCUAG